AUGAACUCCAACAUACAAUACGAGCAGAACAAACGCGCCCAGACCCCUAUGGCGAUGCCCGCUUAUGCGGAAUCACAUAUGACGUCUCCCAGCAUCCGAAGUCCCCAGAGCUACUAUAUGCCUCCCGAUCGUGAUCCUCCAAAAGGCCAACACCAAUUCCACACCCUACACUCUGAGCAGCGAUCCUACGAACCUGCACCGCCAACAUACCAGUACCACGACGCCAAAGUCGCCGCCGCAGGACACCACGGCCAUCAACACCACACAUACCAACAAUACGGCAACCCUUACCCAAGCCCUCCCCCUGCCCCCGUCGUCUACAUGCCCUCAGGAUCCAUCCCCACCCCGUCGCCUUACCUCUCACAACAGCAGCAACAACAACAACAUCAUCAGCAAUAUCAAUCCCAGCAGGUCUACCAGGCCCAGUCGAUCGGAGCUGCCUCGGCUGCUGUCGUUGCAGGUAGUGCGCCUUCCUCUUACUUCUCACAGCCCAUUAACCCGUUAACCUCAUAUCCUCCUCGCAUGCAGUCUCAACAGAAGAACGCCCCCACACACCUUCCCCCUCCACCCAAGGGAGGCUUGCCUGCCCCCCCUCCUGGCGACCCAUCCUACCACACCAUCCCCUUCCACCCUGAACACCGCUCCUCGCUCUCGAUGCAAGGGUCCCCAAUGCCGUCAGCCUCCCCUUCGUUCCCCGCACCACCCGCCCACCGCUACAACUCGAGUCCUGUGCCCGGGUCAUUCCAGAGCAGCAGCAUGUACUCUGCAGGCCAAAACAUCGAUACCGCCGAGUUCAGCCUUCACACCUCCCUUUCCAGCCUUUCCUUGGCUUCGUUCGGACUUAAUGAGCCGCUGCAGCGUGUCUCGUCCAAUUCAUCGGCCGGCUCGAAGGUUCAACAGGCACGACCGAUGAGUAUCAUCAGCACAAAGGUCGCUACCCCUAUGACUAGAACAAUCAUGGACCUGCAGACCGCCGAGGCAUUGGCCUCCCUCCCCUUCGAGGACAUGCCCCGCUGCUACAUCGUUGCUCCCCCAGUCGUCGCCGGAAACUCGUCCGGUGCCUACACUCCCUUCCGUAUCCUGGCCCCCUGUCAAGGUCUGGGUGUUCGCGACCAGACCAACCAGAUCCACUUCCCCGACCAUCAAGGCUACGCCGUCAACCGCCCCGAGGAGAUUAUGAAGAAACAUGGUACCGCCCUCCAACACAUGGCCAACAUGGCCUGGCUGGUCUCUGGUGCAACGGAGGUCACGAUGGGCAAGAAUUUGGCCAAGCACGCCGAAAAGUUCCUCAAGGUCGUCAAACCCGCGACUCGCGUACCAGCCUUGAAAGACUCGAUCCAGAGCGGAACCGCGGUCGAUGGCACCAGUGUACAGAUCGAGACGUUUAUGAUCGACCACCUUCACCUCGAGGGCUACGGCAAGCUGCUGCAGGACAUCACGGGCUCGAGCUCGUCUUCGGACUGGUCGUGUGGACUCCAGAGGAUUGUGUCUCCAGGAACCGGAAGGAACAUGUGGGUCUGUGACGACUGCUUUAAAGGCAUGCAAACAGGACGGUAUAUCUGGAACGACGAGCAGGCGAGCCUGGACGACCUGAUUGCCUUCCCGGAUCGUUCUGGCAUGAAGAGCGAGGCACUUAUCCAGAACUCGAUUGCCGUCGAUGUCUAUACUCAGAUGGUCAAGAGACAAAGCCGCAUGAGGAGUGUCCUCCUCCACCUGUCGCCUGCUUACUUUGACCACCCCGAUCGCAAGGCGGCGGCCGUCUUUGCCACCAGCCAACAGCUGUUCUUCAACCUGACCAAGACCCUGGCUGAGGCCCACUUGACGAUCGUCGAGAUCAACGGCAACCAGGUCCGCGAGUCGGCUGAGCUGAUGGACAAGGACAACAUUUACCUCCAUAUCCGUCGUCUCUUUGCUUGCUUCUCGAUCGAGGUCUUGAAGCUGACAGGUUUCCCUUUCCUUCUCCGCGAGAAGCUGCCUGGGUUCCUCAACCACGCCAAGUGCCUCACCUUUGAGGGCGUUCUGAUCGACAAUGACAAGGCUGUCGCGAACAUGAAGAAGCUCAUCACAGAGAACUCAGACAUGGAGGUCCUGUCGUUGACCCGCGCUCACAUGACAGGGUCCGGUCUCAAGAUCAUCUGCAGCGCCCACAAGAACCUCCGCCGAUUGAACCGCCUCGAUCUGUCACACAACCGACUCGACAGCGAGGGUGUCAAGGAGUUGUCCACCCAUGUCUUGCCAACCUCUCUGGACUUCCGCUUCUUGGAUCUGAGCGAUAACCCUAACAUUGGAUCCGCCGGAUGCACCACGCUUUUGAAGGCGAUCUGGCCCCCUUCGUCGCACGGAACCCGCCAAAAGAACUUGAUCGCUCUCCAGUUGGCCAACACUGGCUUCUGCGACGAUUCAGCAUUGUUCUUGGCCCAGAACAUUGACAAACCUGAGGGUAUCGGUGCCCUCCACAACAUCAACGUCUCUGGCAACCUGAUCACCAAGCCCGGUCUUGUCGCCUUGAUGUCGUGUGCCUACCGCUCUGGAUCUAGUGCACCUCUGCGCCGCCUGUUGUUGAGCCAGCAGACGCACACCAACAGUCUCCCCGCAAGCAUGGACACUGAGAUCUUCCAGAUGGUCGGCAACCACCCCGCCUUGACGCACCUGUCUCUGUCCAAGAUCUCAUUCGGCAUCGCUGCCGAGAUUGUCAACGUCAACAAGACGCUGGUCUCCUUCCAGGUCGACGACCUUGUCCUAACCUCACCCCAGGACACCAACUAUGCGCUGGUCUGCUUCAAUAGUCUCUGCCAAGGUCUGUCGACCAACCAAACCCUCCAGGAGCUCAAGAUCCGUCUGCCCUGGUCGUUCUGGACAUUGGCGUAUCAGGGGAUGGGCAAGGAUCUCGAGGGUCAAUGGGAGGCCGCAGCUGCAUGGAUGGAGGUUUUGGAGAGCAACCUUCGUGGCAACUUGGUGCUGCGCACGCUCCAGAUGCGCGGAGUGACCAACUUUGAGGAAGAGCUGAUGUUGGCGGCGGUUGUUAGCUCUGGAGGAUCGAUUUCGAGUGGUCUUUCGGUAGGACGGCUGGCGGAGCUGGCCAAGACGGAAGGAGAGCUGAGGAUGGUAAUGUUGGGUCAGGCGAUCCGGCGGUUGCUUGAGCGCAACCAAGUGAUGCACUAUGGACGGAAACAUGGCCUCGAGGCCAAGCUUGUUUCCGCCUUCUAG